AUGACGACACAGCCACGCCAAGGUGUUGUCAUUGCAGUACAGGUAAACAUUAGGCCUGUCACCAUCUACUGCCGCAACACACUCUUACCACAGCUAGGUACUAGAUUCAAGUGGAUCUUUAUGGUGGAAACUCCUACAAGUGGCAAAUGUGAAAUUGAAGUAGACUACCAAAUCAACCCUCUACCUGGCCCUGCUAGCCAACAGGUACUCAAGGAAGGGAGUGAUGACCAGGCUGUUUUGCCAGGUUCUAGCACAGCCGGUGAGCGCAAGAGAGCUGGCAGACUACGCAAGCUGAUUACCCGAGGCCCCACCAGGUUUGAUGAACACAUAGAGAGUGGGGAGACAGCUGAACCAACCCCAGUGGAACCCAGGACACGAUGGCAGCGAGCAGCAGCAGAGGCCCGUACUACCUCCAGGAUUCAGGGUGAGGAAUUCUUCACAAGGGUGUGGCCGGAGGAGCAACACACACCACCCUCCUCUCCAGGAUUCUCUCUUUGGGAUAUUCUGUCUCCCUCAAAGUCACAAGAAAAGAAAGAUGGAGAGGUACAAGAUGUUGAGGGUGCUGAAGUAGAGAGUUAUACAUUGGUUGGCCCUCACCCAUGCCCUCCUACCCAGUCCACUCCUGCUGUCUAUGUACCCCUUCACCUGCGUCGUGACCACCAGCGGUCUACUCUCUUCCUGCCCUCUGCUCUCCCUAGUGAUCUUCAAAGCAAGCUGGAGGAAGGAUUGAAUGUACGUGACCUGGAAGAAGGUCUGUAUGUUGGGGAGAAGCCAUUCCUCACUCCUGCUAACCGUAACAUUGUGGAAAACCGACUGCUGCGCCAGAAUAAUAGACACUGGUUCUCGGAGACGGGUUCCUUAGAGCGCCUCAACACCCCUAUCAAUGAACAGUUCUAUCACCACCUGCCUCCUCACCUACACGGAACACAGAACAAGGAGCCUCUCACUGUCUUCAUGGGGCCACAACCCAUUGAGAGCCUGCAGGACUGUGAUGAGGGUACUGGUGGUGUGCUGGACUUGGAGUUGUGUGGUCUGCACUUCACCCAUCACCCUCUCUUUUCCCCUGAGCAUGUGUUGGCUGCCCAGCUCACCCAUGACUACAAACUUUACAAACAGAGGGUCAGCCUUGGGGCCACACGCAUCCUACAGGCAAAGUUGGUGGUAUUACGUCAGUCCCUUUCCAAGUUACGGGAGGCUGGAAAUACCACAGAUCAACCCUCACAGCCCUUGCAGCUGCGUCACAAAACAGCAAGAGAGGAGCUGGAUGUGGCAAGGCGACUGGAGAUUUAUCGAAGGGAGGUGAAGGCUUGCCGAGAGGAGGCUAAUGUGGAGGCUGAGAAGGACCGACAAAUCUUAACAGGACUUUUAAGGACAUGGAGAAGUAUUAAGGAUUUACGUCACUCCUCCAGGGUACAUGCUACCUCAAUCAGACUCUUGAUACGAAAGGAGGAGGGAGACCAUGCUGAGGAGGAGGAGCAAAGGAAGGUUGAGCUGGAGGAGGAGGUGAGGGAGGUGUUAGAUGAGAGACAGCAAGAUUAUGAGGCCCAAAGCAAGAGGUACGAGAAGGAGCUGGCUGAGUGGAAGGCUGAACAUAAGAAAAGAAAGGAGGCCAGGAGAAGGCAGGAGGAGCACAGGAAGGCAGCAGAGGAGGGCAGCAUGCCUGAUGCUCAAGGUGAAGAAGCCCUCAUCCAGGUAGCACAAGAUGACACACUCCUGGCAUCUCCUGAGCCACCCCGACCCUCUCGGCCCUCUAAACCUCCACCCAAACAUAAGGUUGAGCUGGAGGUGUUAGAAGUGUUUUCUCAUACCCGUAAGCCACCUGGUGAGCCAGUGGUGAGCCUGGAGCUGACCCAUACACCUCUUCCAGAGCCGCACAACUGUCCUGAUUCAGAGAAAAAGCGCAGACAGGCAGUAGCCAAGAUCCACGUGUGGUUAAGGGUACUGGUCAACAACAAGCUGGUGACCCAGACUCCUUCAACAACCCUAGGAGCUGACUUCACUCUACAUCUUGGCCACACCUUCCGGAUGGCCCUCUCAUCAUGGCCACGCAGUCUGACUGUAGAGGUGGUGGAGGGAGCUUCUCUAAGGCAGACACUGGUGGCCUCUAUCACUUUGCCAAUCCCAGGCUGCACCGCCACCACCAAAGAUGCCCCAGAGGUGGCUCAGUUCAGUGGCAGCCAGGUUGUGAGUCACAGUCAUGCUGGAGUUGGCUGUGGCCAGGUGGGAUCACAGUAUGGGUCAAGCCUUACCACAGGGGAAUUGAAGUAUAAGUUAGGGUGGGCCACUGGUACUGAAGGGGAGGUACUGGCUCCACUUGGACAUCCACCUAUCCAUGCUGCCAUCCUCCAACCUCUUCCACUGCUCUUAGGGUUUGGCAUACAGAUAUUGACUACUUGGGUGGCUGCCUCUGAGGAUGGUGUAACAGAUACACGGCAGUGGCUGCAGGAAGCACGGCUGGAUCCCAAUGAUCCUGCUAAUGCUGCCCUGAUUGCUCACCUGCAGAAGUUAGCAGGUGGCCGUAAUGUGCAUGGUGGGGGCCACUAUCUGGAAUUUGAUAGGAUGGCUGGGUGGGAGGGUGGGCGUGGGGGUGGUGUGAGGCUGCGGGUCCUGGAGCUGCGGGACCAAGGAGAGCCUCUAUACCGUGAUGCCUGCUUGGUGCCUGCAUUGGAGACUCAGGUGUUACGUGACCCUCUGCAGAACUUUGAGAGGCGAACAAGGGAGAUGGAGGAGGAAGCUGAAGCAGUGGUGGCAGUGGGAGAAGAGGGUAGCAAUGGGAAUGGUGGUGCCACUGGAGAUGGGAAGGCUGUAGGAGUGAAGGAAGUGGGUGAGGGAUGGGGCGCAGAGCUGGAGCAACGGUGGGAGCGAGUUGAAGGGUUGCUAGCAUCCCUUCGUCGGCGCCUUCAACUGCGCUACUCCCCAGACAGUGCUGCCCCUGUCCUGGAGGAUUUGGUGCGGGAGGAAAGCAUCCCAGACAUUGGUACCCUUGGCAGUUCCCUGGCAGCGGUGUUCCGUGCUCGCCGACCCCUCAGACCCACACGGCGGCCUCGGGACCGUGUGCGUGGUGCUGCUCUCACAGACCAACGUGUGCAGCUCAUUGUGCAUGUUGCCCGUGCCUUCAAUGUUCCUGUCCGCGAUCCUCAGCAGCAGCAAGACAGCCUUGGUAGUGGUGGUGGUGGUAGUGAUGGCGGUUGUGUGAGGACCAUGGUUGAGGUGACUUUCCAGCGCACCACGCGGAGCACCAGUGUGGCGGAGGGUCCCAACCCAACGUGGAACCAGCAGCUUUCCUUCCCCUUCAGGGCUCCCAACGAUAACUUCUCCCCGGGCAGCCUUCAGCAGGUGCGGGAGGAUGUGUUUCUUCAUCUGUACGACCAGGUGACUCAAGACCUCCUGGAUGACCCCCGUCUCCGCCCCUCCACCCUGCACCAUCGCCUUCACCACCGCUGGCUCGGCUCCCUCACUAUCCCUUUCUCCACCAUCUACUCCAAUGCCAAGAUCGAGGGAACGUUUGCUUUGGAAGAGCCUGUGAUGUUGCUUGGGUACACGAGAGAGCAGCGAGCCUUGCACCUCCCCGCCUCCUCUAGCAGUAGUAACAGCCCGCCCAACACCCCACCUGGACACCAUCCUUCCAGUAGCCUCGCCACCACUCACCUGUCCCUCUACAUCACGCUUGAGCCCUCCCUGCCGCCACCGGAACCCCUCAAGGCGCAGUUCGAAUCCAGUGAGCCGGAGGAGGUGGUGUCGGCGGGGCGGGAGUGGGUGGCGGCCCUCGCUUCCCGCUAUCCCCGCCGCCGCUUCCGAACUCACGUCCUUGACCUCUCGGGUCGUCUAGUGUGCCUCACCCGCUACCUUAGGCCCCUGCCGCCACCCCAGGAGCUCUUAUGCCAGGACUCCGCCGCCACGGUCCGCCGCGUCGCCUGGUUCGUGUCCCUCAUCCCUUCCCUGGCUGAUCUGACCCUGUUUCCCGGCGCGGGGGACAUCUGGGCCAACUCGGAGCAAUUCUUGACUCUCCUGACUGGGGACGAGGAGAUCCAGGACUGGCCAGCGUGCAACCCCCGCCUCACCCUAUCCUUGCCAGACUCCGCCGAGGUGAAGGCGCUGCAGGAGAGACUGGAGCUUAGCCUGCGGGACGCCUUCAUGAAGUGGAGGGGCACUAACAGGACAACUUGGAACAGACAUGCCAUCAAAGUCCUGAGAAAACUGGUAGAGAGAAUGGAGGAGACGCGAACCACGGCCACCACCGCUACACACCACCCCAGCGGCAGCAGCAGCAGCAGCCUCCAGCACCAGCACCAGCACCAGCACCACCCUGAUCACGUCCUCCUUGCUGCUAUCAUGAAGUCCCAUCAGGUAUGCGGGGUGUGCGUGCACCUCGGGUACAGCACAGCGGCGGGCGUGGUAGCGGCCGUGCACGGAACAGGGGUGCACCUGACGCAGGCCCCAGGAGUGGAGUUUGCCCUGGCCCUCCACCUGCAUCCUUAUCCCGGCCAGGUACUCUCCGUGUGGGUGUACGUGGCCGCCCUCAUGCAGCGCUCUUAGCUAGAGGCCGAGGAAUGGAGACCAGGCUUGGUGCACUAACAGGUGGUGGUGUUGGUGGCUGGUGAUGGUGGAGCUUUAGUUGUUUCUUCACUCUCAACUGUUGAAUGUGUGUGUGUGUGUGUGUGUGUGUGUGUGUGUGUGUGUGUGUGUGUGUGUGUGUGUGUGUGUGUGUGUGUGUGUGUGUGUGUGUGUGUGUGUGUGUGUGUGUGUGUGUGUGUGUGUGUGUGUGUGUGUGUGUGUUCUCACCUACAGAUCGAUCUUUAGGGAGUAACUCAGGAGGUUCACAUAGUUUUGGAGGUAAAUUUUUCCCUUACUUGAACAGUGAAGAAGCUUGCGUAUUCCAUUGGUGAGGGAAUGUGCCUGUCAGAUGCAGCCUUAUUUUGAUAAUUUUAAAGAAAAAAAUCCAACAAAUUCCAAUCGCAGGAGUAUAUGCGAUUAAUAGAAAUUCUAGUUAUAUCCGAUUUUCCAAAAGGAAAUAAGCUGCGGAUAUUAGGUUAUUGUCAUUGUGACUCAGGAAAUUGAAGGUUUCCGCAGAUGGAAGGAAGGAGAACACAGGAAUGGUAACAGUUGCUAGUCAAACAGAACGUGUGAUGUUAAAGAGAAGGAAGAAUCUCAAGUUAUAGUCAUGUUACUAAAUAACUGCCAUUAUAUGUGUUAUUACUCGUAGGACCGUCUCCAUAUAAACGUGCUAGUCACUGAGUCAUGUAAGUGUAAAUGAACAAUGAGUAAUAUUAUUACUAUUUGUUCAACUGAUCAUUUUUAUCUAGUUAAGCGUGAAUGAAAACUGAGUACUAUUUAUAUGAUAAUUUGAUUUCAUUAUUAUUGGUAUUAAUAUUCUUAUAGGAGAUAGAUGCCAAGUCACUAGUUGAGCCGUAUCACUCCUUCGUGAACGAUAUGCAUUUACUAUUACACUUCUCUUCUCACUGUGAUGCCUGACAGGAGAGUGGAAAGUUCUAGUUUUAACAGGAUGUAGCAACAGUGCAAACAAAUACGUAAUGAGACUAUAGAUGAAGACAAUGUAAACAUGUAUGGCCUCAUCCUGUCGCUCUCGUUGUGGACUCACGCUGCGCCAUAUCCAAGUUUUGUUGUAGUGUUAGAUUGUAGCAGCCUCAACGUAGAAAGUGUCGCCGAUACCGUAAGAGUAAUACAAGUUGCGUGUGUUUUGGUAGUUCGAUGUGCCUUUUGUGGUGAUGGCGGUGGUGAUGUUAGCGUAGGUGUAGUGUAGGUGGCAAAGGUGUUAGCGGAAUAAUACUGGUUCUUCCAUGUUUGGUGUCAAUAGUAGUGAGAGAGAGAGAGAGAGAGAGAGAGAGAGAGAGAGAGAGAGAGAGAGAGAGAGAGAAUCUGUGUGUGUGUGUGUGUGUGUGUGUGUGUGUGUGUGUGUGUGUGUGUGGCAGUGUAGCAGCUAGCAAUACAUUGUGAAGUGCCUACUGUGGACGUGUUGUGCCUUAGUGAACCAAUAUGUACGUAUCAAUGCCUUCCAGUGGCCUCAUCACCACGUACUCGUCGCUCUUCUCUAUUAUCAUCCUCCAUAGGAUCGAUGUGGCUUCGAAAAGUACAUACUAACUUAUCCUUCCUUCAAUUUGGGUUUGUCUUGUUUGUAUUUAACUUGGAAAUUCUCCUUCAUAAGUCGUCUCUUCCUAUUCAGUUGUUCCAUGCUGUAUUACUGUAAUGACUUUAGUUUGAAAGGAACGGAUAUUCCUUUCUCCGUGUGAAUUGGUUAGUUUUAUUCAGUGAUGUCACUAAUAUGUAAUAUUGAUGGAUUAUGUAUACGUAAGCACAAAACACUCAGAACGUGCCAUUAUAUUGAAAAGUUUUGUAUCACAUAUGUUAAUGUAAGGUUUUGUACAGCGUACUUUUGUAAAAGCAUCGUGCCAUGUUUCAGAGAUGAUGCGCAAUAAAAUGGUGUUUUUAA